CUUCCUCUUCUUCCUCAUCGUUUUCCUACCUUAUCUUAUGAAGGUACCAUGGGAAGAAGUUCCAGAACUGGUGGCUGGUCGAAGGGUAUUACUUCAUAAAGGAUAUGCAUAUAUUGCUAUUUAUCAGGUGGUUUCCCUUGUUGCAACACAAUUCCGCAGUUACCUAUCAAAGGCCUUAAGUCUGACAAACAGGAAAUGGACAUCUACAAUAAGAGAACAAGAGAAGGAUCGGUUGACCCCUAUCGUUGAAGCCCUUUGCACAAGCUACCUGGGUCCUGACUACUCACAGCCAACAGAGUAUGCUGAUAUAUCAAUCAAAGACCUUGAACAAAUUGCUAAAAGUUCAUUUCCUCUUUGCAUGCGGCACCUAUUUGAUAAGCUGAAAGAAGAUCAUCAUUUGAAGCAUGGAGGGAGAAUGCAAUUAGGUCUCUUUCUCAAGGUUGUGCAAUGCCCCUUUACUGAUUUUAGAUGCUUACACUUUGAAGUACUUUUCAUUUUUCUUUCUGUUUGGCAUUGAUCACAAUUGGUUUGAGAGAGUUGAUAAUUACCGUUCCAUUCACUAAUUGUAUGUAUACAAAAGUGCUGAAUGGUCUUGUUUAUUCUACAUGAAGAGUUGAAUUGCUCUUAUAAAUAUGAAUUGUGUACAUGUUCCUCUAUCGUCGUUUACUG